UUGGCUCCCGAGCCUUCCCGCGAGAUUUAAAAUUAAAAUGGACAACUUGGAGACUGCAGCUCGGCCGGAGUUUGCUUCUGUUGGGUCUGCACCUGGCGGGUCUACUUUGAGCCAGAGAAUGGCUGUGCUUAAUCAAAAGUCUAUCUUGGAUAUGAUUAAAGAGUUCAGAAGGAAUUGGCACAUUCUUUGUGACUCUGAGAGAACUACUGUAUGUGGUGCAGACUCCAUGCUCUUGGCAUUGCAGCUUUCCAUGGCAGACAACAACAAACAGCACAAUGGAGAAUUUACAGUUCCUCUCAGUGAUGUCUUAUUGACCUGGAAAUUCUUCCUACAUGAGAAGUUGAACUUACCAGUUGAAAAUAUGGAAGUGAUUGACCAUUAUGAGGACAUUAGGAGGACUUACGAUGAUUUCUUAAAGAAUAGUAAUAUGUUAGAUCUGAUUGAUGUUUAUAAAAAAUGUAGUGUUUUGAUUUCUAAGUGUGAAAAUAAUGCCAACAUAUCCCCUAGUCAACUACGGGAUUUUCUGCUUGGGAGACAGUGUGCAGUAGCUGAUGAAACUGAUCUUUAUGUACCGACAUCACCAAUGAGGAAACACAACCAGGAUAAUGAAAAGGUGCAGUUACUAGCAAGGAAAGUUAUCUACUCAUAUUUAAGCCUGCUAGUGAAUUCAAAGAAUGACCUGGCUCUGGCUCAUAUUCUUAAUAUUCCUGAUAGAGGACUUGGACGAGAAGCCUUCACUGAUUUGAAACAUGCUGCUCAAGAGAAAAAGAUGUCUAUCUUUUUGGUGGCUACAUCAUUUAUUAGGACACUAGAGCUUGGAGGGAAAGGAUAUGCACCAUCACCAUCUGAUCCUUUAAGGGCACAUGUAAAAGGAUUGUCUAAUUUUAUUAACUUCAUUGACAAAUUAGAUGAGAUUCUUGGAGAAAUACCAAAUCCAAGCAUUGCAGGGGGUCGGAUACUCUCAGUGAUAAAGAUGCAGCUGAUUAAAGGCCAGAACAGCAGGGAUCCUUUUUGUAAAGCAGUAGAGGAAGUAGCUCAGGAUUUGGAUUUGAGGAUUAAAAAUAUUGUCAAUUCUCAACAAGGGGAUGUAAUUCUUGGUACCACUGAUAUCAGUCCUGCAAGGCCAAAAUCUUAUGCUAUAAACCAUGGUACUGCAUACUGUGGCAGAGAUACUGUGAAAAUUUUACUAGUUCUUUUGGAUGAGGAAGCAGCCAGUUUGCCUACCAAAAACAAAGCAGAGCUUUUAUAUGAUGAUGAAAACACAAUUCAUCAUAAUGGGAUUUCUAUUCUUACACUUUUUAGCUCUCCCACACAAGUGAAUAAUUCAUCAAUGAAACCCCUAAGAGAACGCAUCCAUAAGUCAAUGCACGAGAAAAAAACUAAGAUGAAGCAAACCUUAAUUAGAUCCCAGUUUGCUUGUACUUAUAAAGAGGACUGGAUAAUAAGCAAGGAUAAAUGGAAUGAUGUUAAUUCAGCAUCAGAGCCUUUGUAUGUACUUCACAUGGAAAAUGACCUUUCUGAAGGUGUAAAUUCAUCUGUUAGAAGACCAACAGUUGGAACGAGUUCUGGAAAUGUUCAUCUGGACAGAAGUAAAAGUGAAAAAGUUGCAAGGAAAUCAAGUAGUCAGGCAGGAAAUAAAAGCUCAAAGAGGAAACAGGUGGAUUUAGAUGAUGAAAAUAAUCUUUGUGAUAGUGGAAAUGAACCAUCUCAACAUAAAAAUUUUAAAAUACCUAAGACAUCAAACAAUUUCCAGAAUAAAUUGUGUGGCAAAAUAGCUAGAGUAGCAAAAAGCAACAACUGUACAGGCAAGGACAAAUUGAUUACUGGCCAGACAAAGUUAACUCAAUUUUUUAGACUAUGAAUUUGUUUUUUAUUUGCUUUAGAUUUCUGAAUAUAUUAAACCAUUCACCAAAGGCAUCUACUUAAUUUUUAAGAGAUCAAGAUAUAGGGGCGUGUGGGUGGCACAGUCGGUUAAGUGUCCGACUUCAGCUCAGGUCAUGAUCUCGUGGUCCAUGGGUUUGAGCCCCACAACGGGCUCUGUGCUGACAGCUCAGAGCCUGGAGCCUGCUUCGGAUUCUGUGUCUCCCUUUCUUUCUAUCCUCCACCACUCAUGCUCUGUCUCUGUCUCUCUCUCUCUCAAAAAUAAAUAAACCUUAAAAAAAAAUUAAAAAAGAGAUCAAGGUAUAAGUUAUGAUUCUUUAUUAUAUUGGUCUGAAGUGUAUAUAAGGUUAGUAUGUUAAGCUUUAAAAAAUACUCAUAAAUCAUAAUUAUGCAGAAUAUUCACAAAGUUUAAUGCACAGAUAAAGGAUAUCAUUUAAGUUACAGAUUUAUUUACUUUAUUUUAAAACAGACAUUUUAAAUAAUACAAGUCAUAGUAACAUUAAGGGCUUUUUCCUGGACAGACAAUUAAGUGAUUUUGUUUUCUUCAGGAAAGAUGUGGUCCAGCAGGUUUCAGACUUGCCAACAAGGUCGAUAGACUCUUCCCAGCAUGCACCUGAGCACUGAAGGAAUAAAAUAGUUUAAAUUGUCUAAAGGACUAUUAUUAUCACACAAAAUUUAUUAGAAAUAAGAGAAUGGAUCUUAUACAGCUAAUUCUGAGUAAGUCAGAAUUACAAUAACUCUUAAAUUCUUUUUAAUCCCACAUCUGUGGCAGGGAGCACUUAAUGUCAAGUGUAAUUGAACCAUGGUCUUACUUGAUUUUGUUAAGAUUGGAUCCAGAUCCACUUAAAGUCAGAAUUCUCUUUUAUAGUAUUAAGAUGUAAGAAUUGAAUUUUAAAAAGACUACUCACUGUCAAAAUCUCUCCUUCCUAUAGGAAAUUUAGCUGAGUUUUCUUCAUCCCCAAUUUCUCUCUUUUCUUGUGUUGAUUCAGUAUUUUGAACUCCAUUCUCAGCUGGAAAAGCUACAGAUCCUUUUAGUGCCAGAUAAGGUUUUAUAGCCAGAUUCAGUGGCAGACCAUGAUUUAAGAAAUUAUGUUUGGAGCCUGUGUUCUGUAAAGAAAAGGUUGAUUUGUGUUUUAGUUGUCUUAUUGGGAAUAGAACUAUAAUAUAGUUGUAUAGUAUUCUCACUGAUCAUUUCAAAGAUGGCUGUGUACUGUUUUGAGUCUUUAAAAAUACAUUAGAUAUAGGUUUUUGGGAAAAACCUUUUGGAUAGGAGGUGUUGUCCAGAAUGGAAAAACCACCUGCUAUGUACGAAAUUUCGUCAGUUGUCCUAAAGCGUAAUGUGACUGCUUGCAUAUAUUUUUAUAAAAUUUUACUUUCAAAAGCAUUGUAAACAUCAUUCAGAUUUCUACUGAAAAAAGGAUAAGUCCCAUUGCCACUUACCUUUGAAUUUUUGUUUUCCUCAUCGUUCAUGAAACUGCUCUCAUCAUUUUUAUAUUGUUCCAGAGAAGGAACGACGACUGAUUUUUGAGGAGUAUCAUCCUUCUGAAAAGCUUUCCCCAGCCUGAAUGUAUUAAAUACCAUGUCAUCUUCUAAAUUUCUUAUGGACUUGGAUGCUGAAAGUAAAAUGCCUUGAGAAAACAGAGAAAAAGUUAGUAUUAAUAUGUAGGAAGAGAGACUCAUUUUUGCCAUUCUUAGUUUGAUGUUUGCAUAGAGUCAAAUAAAAGUAUGUAAAGUGAAGGAAAAUUUCUCAAGUCAACCUGCUUUGAAGGUGAUUCCUACCUUUAUAUAUUUUCCAGUUUGAAUAGAAAGCACUUCAAAGACGUAGACUGUCAUCAUUCUAGAAAUGACUCAUCAGAUAGAGGCUAACCUCUUGUAUAGCUGCUAAUACCUACAUUGUUUCGGUUUUAGUGGCAUAUUGUUUAUUUUGAGUGUGUAUUUUCUCAGAAUCUGAUUAAGAUCCUUGGUAGAAUGCUUUCUGUUGAAUAGAUUACAGUCUCUUGAAAGUGGAUUGUUAUUAAGGAAGACCAUGGGACACCAGGCUCUCCAUACUCUUACUGUUUUCUUCUCUAUAUUUUCUGAUUAGGCAUGGUAUUAAAGCUAAAGUUAUUUUAUUUAAGGAUGAUAAAGGUUUUAUUUACUUUUAAUCCUGAUUAAAUUGAAGUAGCCUUCCAAAAGGAUUUUCUUUCAUAAAUGCUCAGUUUAGUUUUUGGUAAUUAAAGUAUAUAUGCCUGUCAGUGUGAACAAAAAGUCAUUCAUGCCUUAUCAAAAAUUGGCUUGUCAUUGUGUUUUAUCUCUGCAUUUACAAGAGGAUAUUAAUUAUGAAUUUGACAGUGAAUAAGAAGUCCGUGAAAAGAGUAUUUAUGUGUUCUAUAAAUAUUAAUUUUGGGUGAAUAUGUUGUAUAAUGGUUAAUUAAACAUUUUGCAAUUAAGUUCUCAUUUUGACCCCUCCAAGUAGGAGAAUACAUUCUCCUAUUUGUCUUUUGGUACAUAUGUGCAAAAAUUUUCUAGGGUAUAUUCCUAGGUGUGGAAUUAGUCAUGGAAUACACGUGUUCAGCUUUACUAAUGCCAAAAUGUUUACAGAAUAGUGGUAGCCAAUUACCUGCCCACCAGCAGGGGUUUGACAAUUCCCAUUGCUCCAUGUCCUAACCAAUACUUGGGUAUCUUAUUGUCCUUUUAAUUUGUAUUUCUCUAAUUACCAAAGAAGUUGAAUGUCUUUUCAUAUAUUUAUGAGCCAUUUGUCAUUCCUCUUAUGUAAAAUGCCCCUUAAAAAAAAUCUUUGUCCAUUUUUC